UAAUCGUUCACUCGACCGAGCCGGCCAUCUCUCUCUCAGUCACCCUUUAUACCGGCACCCGCCGGAAAAUAUCGCUCUUCACUUCCAUAAGAUCAGACGGCUCAAUAAUUAUUUACGCUGACCAACACACGAUUCAUUAAUAUUCAAUGUCAAUAGCUUAGCCUCUGGUUUUCUCUCAGUCAUUUCAUCGAACACCUUCACUGACACCAAUUCCGCUCCCUCUACAGCAAAAUUGUAUACCAAAAACGAUGCUUCGAAGGUCAAUUUUGGAACUAUCCUCUCGUCGGUCAGUUUGGAGAAUCCCAAGGCGAGAUACAUCUCAGCCGCUACCUUCAUUACUUUCUAUAAGGAACGAGUUUUCAACCUCAUCUCAGCAGAAUGCAAAUCCUAAACCUGGUUCUAGUGGCAAACAGCCCAAAUUAAAUAAUUAUUUGCCUAUUAUCUUUGGAGUUGCUUUUGUUGGUGGUGUUUACUCAGCGUAUGAAUUGGGUUAUUUAGACCAGUUUAUUGGUAGAAAGGAGAAAAAUUCAGUUAAAGUUGGAAGUGAUUUUAAAGAUGAAAAGGAAACCAAGUUAUUGGAAGAGCAACUGCCUUCAACCACUAGUGAAGAGCCUGUAAAAUUAAGUCACGAAGCAGAUCAGACUGUUCAAAAGGUUGAAACUCAGAUAGACCUCCCUCAUUUUGAAGGUCAGCAGAAGGUUGAAGCUCCUAUUGAUAUUCCCCAUGUUGAAACUAAGCAGAAGGCUGAAAUUCAUGAUGAUAUUUCUCAUGUUGAGGCUGAGAAGAGGGUUGAAUUACAGUCAGAUGUUCAUCCUCAUGAAGCGCCGAGUGAAACAAAAACGCCUUACAUUCAAGAAAAAUCUGUUGUGCCAAAAGAAGAUGACUCAAUUGCUGUUCAGCAUGAACAACAACCAGAAAUUUCCCAAACAUCAAAAUCUACUGGAGAAACAAGUGAGGGAGUUCAUGUUUCUGAAAUACAAAAUCAGGUGAAUGUUGCUGCUGAUAAAUAUAACAUGGAAGCAGUGGCAUCUCAGCAACUUGCCACAGACAGUAGUUCAAAGUCUACAGUUGGCGAUGCUGUGGAAGAUACAAGUUUACUCGAGUCUUAUCAUCUCAAGGAUAGGAAUGAAGAAAGCACCGCAACAGAGAUCCUUGAAGAACAGGCUGAUGGUUCCAUAGGGGAAUUGAAUGAUGGUUAUGUUACAGAUGAUGGAAAAUUGGUUAUGAGUUUUCUUCAAGCAAUUCAUGCUGCUGAAAAGAGGCAAGCAGAGUUGGAUGCCCGUGCCUUUGCUGAUGAGAAAAGAGCGAUAAAAGAGAAGUAUGAAAAGGAAUUAAGAGACGCAAGGGCUAGGGAACUCAUGCGUGCAGAAGAGGCUGCAAUGCUUGAUAAGGAAAUAAAAAGAGAGAGAGCAAAAGCAGCAGCUGCCAUCAGAACACUCCAAGAAAAAAUGGAAGAAAAACUUAAGAUAGAACUUGAACAGAAGGAAAGUGAAGCAGAAACGACUUUGAAAAAGCUUCAGGAGCUAGCCAAAGCAGAAUUGACUGCUGCAGUUGCUAGUGAGAAGGCUGCACAGAUUGAAAAAAUGGCUGAAGCUAAUCUCAAUAUUAAUGCCUUGUGUAUGGCAUUCUACGCUCGUUCUGAAGAGGCUCGCCAGAUUCAUUCUGUUCACAAGCUUGCUUUGGGAGCACUCGCUUUAGAAGAUGCACUCUCCAAAGGCCUUCCAAUUCAGCAAGAGCUUGAUGCUUUAAACACCUAUCUAGAAGGCAUUGAUAAAGAUUCUCUUAUUCAUUUGGUCUUAUCAACCCUCCCCGAAGAAACUCGGUCCAAUGGCACAGAUACCCUGUUGCAGUUAAACCAAAAGUUCAAUGCCUUGAAAGGGACGUUGCGGCACUACAUUCUAAUCCCACCUGGUGGUGGUGGCAUAUUGGCACAUGCUACGGCACACAUUGCUUCCUGGUUGAGGUUGAAAGAAGUCGACCCAUCUGGCGAUGGCAUUGAAUCUGUCAUUAGUAGAGUUGAGAGUUUCUUAGCAGACGGAAAGCUUGCUGAAGCAGCUAAUGCUCUUCAAGAAGGACUAAGAGGCAGCGAGGCAGAGGGAAUAGCAGGCGAUUGGGUGAGACAAGCAAAGAAUAGAGCUAUUACAGAACAAGCUUUAACUGUACUUCAGUCAUAUGCUGCCUGCAUCAGCCUUACACAAUAAUAAUGUCAGCAUCAUCGAUUUAGCAUUACAAGCAAAACUGAUUUUCAAGCUUGAGGUAUUUCUUUUUUGUGAUAAAAUUACCCACACAGAAAUGAUGACAAUGAGUUUCAUUCUGCCACACCAAAUUACUAGAGUUCUGCAAGAGUUAUCGACUCAUGACGCCAAAAAAUUGUGUACAUUUUGCAUACCUCCAUGAAUAAAUUUUUGUUUCGUGAGGCUCA